UCGUGGUCCUGGGCAUCCAUCGACGGCCCCGUGACCUCAAGGUACUGAGAAGCUGACGCCAAUGCGUACGGACAUUGGCCGAUGGGUGAAAGAUGCCACGAACUUUGCGUGGUGGGACAAAGGCUUCGAGCUCGUAUCGACUACGUCAGUCCAGGCGCCCCCUUUGGCGCCAUCACAUUUGCUUCGAUAACCCUUGAAGCGCGGCUGGUCCCUUUCAAUAACAACACCCACAAGCAUUACUCGACUGCGUCGGCAACGUGGCCGUGGCGAAAAGGAGGGUGGAAAAAAUGCGAAGGUGCUCUCCCUCCCAAGUAUUCUUGAUGGCCAUCUGCCGCCAUGGGAUUCGAUGAGAAUCUGGUGCCACCGACCAAUGAGCUUGUCGUGAGGAAGAAAGAGGACAAUAAUUACCGACGACUCGGUGUAUACAAGUUUGCUGAACGAGGUGCGGAAGACAACCUGUUCGAGAAAGCUGUC